AUGGUUCAUCUCCGAUACCAACAACGCUCUCUCACCACACUAUCGCUGUCCCCUCGAUCCAUCCCCCACUUCCACUUCCCCUCCCACUCCCUGCGACACUUCCACCCCUCUCCCAUACGAAACGAUGUCUUCUUCCUCUCUCUCCCAAUGCUCAAAGCUCAACUCCUCACACUCACCCGCUGGUCCCUCCUCCUCCUCCCCUUCAUCUACCGCUACAAAACAUGGAAACACUACCCCCGUCUCUCUCUUCUCCUCUUCCAACUCCCCAUCUUCGGAAUCUGCCUCACCCUCGCCCUCGGGCUAGAUCAAGCGCCCAACACCCACCGCUGGCGCUUACUCCUCAUGUCCGAGCGGGAAGAACACCUCUGGGCCCAAACGAGGGUAAACGAGUGCCUCGCCCUAGACGGACCGCUCGUCCUUGGCCCUGGGGAAAGAAGAGUAGAAAGAGUGAAGCGCGUGUGCGAGAGACUCGUAAAGGUGCUAGACGACGGGCCGGAGCACUACGUCUCCUCUGCUGCGCACGCGGUUUCGGAACUCAGAGACAGGCUCAGGCUCCCCCGCCCUCAGCGGCAAGGACAAGCAAGCCCGAGCUUUAUCGCCCAGACCGGGGUGUUACCUUUCCUCCCCGAAAGCCAGAACCCGACCAAGCUCCUCUCCCCUACCGAGUGGAGGAUAUAUGUUGUCGACUUGCCUAGGAUAAACGCAUUUGCACUCCCGACACGGGAGGUGUUCGUCUACACCGGGAUUAUCGAUUUGCUUUCCCUCGACACGGACGCGGACGACAACGGCAACGGGCUAGCGCAUGCCCAAAUGCAGGAAACGCUCCUCGCCGGCGUACUGGCACACGAGAUCGCGCACGUAACCCAGCGUCACGCGGUCGAAAAUGCCGGGUUUACAAACCUCGCCGCCCUGGCGUUUGACCUCCUCCGCAGUAUCUCUUUCUCCCUCACCAUAUCCUUCCCGUUGGUGAGCGACGCUGCGGGGGGAGUUAUCAAUGGGCUUCAUGAGUGGGUAGCGGAGAGAGCGUAUUCGAGAAAGUUGGAGAUGGAGGCUGAUGUGGUUGGAUUGACGUUUAUGGCUAAAGCGGGGUAUGACCCGCGUAUGGCGCUCGAUCUCUGGGACGCGAUGGCAGCAGUAGAGGAGGACGCGGCCGCUUCCGGACGGACGUCUUUUGCCGACAAGCUCCCUUUUCUGAGGACACAUCCCACUUCGGCCCAGAGGCAGAAGGUGCGUCGUCCUGAGAUGAGCAGUGCUGUAGAGCUUAUGGCUCAUGAGAGUAGAAUAUCGAGAAACACCUGCCGGCGGCUGUCAGGUUGUACGAGGCGUCGCCUUACAGGAAAGGGAAGGCUGCGAUGCCUGCAACCCAGGACCUGA